AUGGGCACCCUGGAGGGACAUCUGCUGCCAGGGAUGUUCUUCCUCUUUUACUCACUCUACUACUCAGUGCUGGUGUCCUUGGCCCUGCUACGGGGACAGAGGCUCCUCAAACUCCCUCUGCCCCCAAGAGAGAAGCGAGGGCAGAGGUGGUGGCAGCUGGUGCCUCUGGAAGGGGUAGUGAAGGUGGUCAUCACCACAGCUGGUAUCAUACCCGAGUUCUUCUAUCCUCCAGGGGAAAACCGGUUGACGAUGGUAGACUGGGAGGACCCUCGGCGGCCGUUCAUAUUCAAGGACAACUGGCAGCACGUCACCAUGUAUGGAUUCUUUCUGCUCAGUGGCGUGGUGGACAUUGUGAGCCAGUCAUGUCAGGCACAGCAGAAGCUGAAGCUGGAGCGAGCAGCCGAGGCCCUGGCCUUCCAUGUGCUGGUGCUGCUGAUGGCGACCCAUAUUGAGAACAAGAGCACCCUGGAGAUCCGAGUGCACAUCCUGUUUAUGGUGCCCGCCUUCCUGGUGGCCCUGGUGCUCACCACUGAGGUCUGGUUCCCCGACCAGCCCACACUCUGGGUGCUCAAGACCUGGAUGGGGCUGGUGCUCAGCAGCUGGCUGCUGCAGCUCUGUGUGCUAAUGUAUGCUCCUCCCUCCGGCCAGCCCUGGAGGGCAGACAGCCCCGAGGACCUUGCCUUCCUCACCAUCUUCUUCUGCUGGCACCUGGCCAUACAGGCUGCGGUGCUGGCCGUCAUCUAUGCCCUCUGCAGCCUCUGGCACCGCCGCUGCUCCUCCAGCAUAGCGGUCCUGAGUACCAGGUACCAGCCAUGCCCCAUGGACCCCAGCAGUGAAGAGCUAGAGAAGCUCAGCGCAGAUGCCGUACUGCAGGACCGGGGUGUCUAG